AUGACUUCGCCCACACCCAUACCCCUCUGGCUCGACCUCGACACCGGGCAUGACGACGCUUUCGCCCUCCUCCUUGCAGCCCACAACCCCGUACUAUACCUCCUCGGCUGCUCAACAGUCUACGGCAACGCCCCUCUCUCUCACACGACAUCCAAUACGCUGUCCAUCCUCACGGCUCUUCAUCGCACCGAUAUCCCCGUCUACCCCGGCGCCAGCAAACCUUUCUGCAGAGCCGAAGCCAGCGCGGCCGAUAUACACGGCGAAUCGGGGUUAGAUGGCACCACCCUUCUCCCCGCACCAGCUGUUGAUGCGAAGACGGAUGUUCCCGCUGUCGAGGCGAUGUACACGGCGCUAAUGGUCCAGCCAAAGGGAGCAGCCUGGAUCGUCGCCACGGGCUGUCUCACGAACAUCGCCCUACUCUUCGCCAUCCACCCGGACUUGGUGGACCACAUCGCGGGCUUGUCGAUCAUGGGUGGCGCUGUGGGUGACGGCUUCACAGACGCGCCGAUGGGUACCGUCAAGGGUGAGAGUGAGGAUCAGAGAUUUGGGAAUUGGACACGCUGGGCGGAGUUCAAUAUUUACAUUGAUCCCGAGUCCGCGGCAGCGGUAUUCUCGAAUCCCAUAUUGGCGAAGAAGACGACCUUGGUGACGCUGGAUCUGACGCAUCAAUUUCUUGCUACGAAGGAAGUACAGGAAGGAUUGGUACAUGGCUUCGAUCGAAAUCCGGAGCCAGACGGGAAAGCUGUUGGAGAGGAAGGAGCGAGCGGGCCGUCGAAUACGAGAAAGUUGUUCCUGGAGAUCUUGACCUUUUUCGCGAAGACGUACGCCGAAGUUUUCGGGCUUACGGCUGGACCUCCUCUUCAUGAUCCGUUGGCUGUUGCGGCGCUGCUACCCGGACUACUAUUUUACACCACGACCGGAACAGCGGAAGGAGAGGAGGAGAGAUUUGAAGUGAGCGUGGUCACCGAGGGAGAACAUGGAGCGGAAAGUCAUGUCAGGAAUGGAGGGAGUCAGUGUGGGAGGACUGUGGUGCGGAAAUUGGGCCAGGGGGAGGAAGGGGUAAGGGUGCCGAGAGGGGUGGAUGGCGAGAAGAUGUGGAAGGUUUUGGAGGGGUGUUUGGGACGUGCGGAGGCCCAGAGUCGAUGA